GUUUUAACGUGUUCAUCUGAGCAGGUCAUUGAAUAAAUAAAUAAAAAGAGUACAUACAUAAGUACAUAAUUAAAAUUCCCUAAUUAUAAUUUAAGCGUAUAUCCAAUCUGUAAUUAGUGUGUGCGCCGUGCGUAUAUAGCGUAUUGUUCAGUACCUACAUAUUCGGGGACUAUUUUUAAAAACAUUCCUAGUGAAUAGUCAAUAAUUGGCCGUAAUGACUUUUGUUCCAAAUUGGGAAGAGUUUGAGAAAGCCGCGGAAAUGUUAUAUCUACAGGAUCCAAUAAAUACUCGGUACAGUGUUAAAUAUUCACAUUCAAAAGGUGCAUUUAAUGUCAAAAUUACUGACAAUAAAAAGUGCCUUCAAUACAAAACAGAAGUACAGCAAGAUGUUAGGAAAAUAGAUAAAUUUAUGUCAAAUUUAUUAAGACACAUGGCAUCAAAUGAUAACUAAAUAAAUGUAUUUAUAAAUUUA